GCCUCAUCUCAGGCCCAAGACAAGGUACCUGGAGACUUUGCUGGUUGAUUUGCUUGGCCCUUGCAUCACCCGCAACCCACCCUCCAACCCACCCCCCUUUUUGUCUUUCCGUCAAUCGCUUCCCGCGUACCUUUCUAUUUCAAGCACUGAGCAGCCCGGCGUAGCACGUGGGAAGCCGGGAUUCAGAUGUCCACCGAUUCCGCCGGGAGCCAAGCCUCCCAGGCCAUGCUCCACAUGCUGGACUAUAUAUCCACGCACGACCAUGAUCAUUUCGAAUGGGACGACCAUGGCAGGGAAGAAUCCGAGGCCUGGCUCCGUCCGGUCCAGGACGCUGGGCUCAGUCCCCAGAAGCACAAGGUUUUCAACCACGCAAACAAGGAGUAUCUCAAGCCUCCUCAGCCUUUUAUCCAGAUAGGUCCUGAGCUGGGCGAUUCCGGCUCGACCAUCGUCUACAAGGUCAGCCCUCCGGACGAUCAAGGCUACAGACGACCCCUGGCCCUCAAAGUCAUUGUUUGCAAAGAAAACGCGCGCCCGCCUGGCCCUGACAGCAAUGUGCGCAAGCUGGCCCUGCAAGAGGUGCGAAACAUGGUGGCGGUGCGCCAUCCUCACAUCGUAGUCUACGUAGCUUCGUUUGAGGAUUAUUGCAUCUCCAACCGCCAGGUCCGCCAGCGCCGUGCUGCUGGUACUGGUGCUCGCACCGUCUUCAGGAGAGUCGAUCAACAGAUCAAGCGUCACAUACUCGGCAUCGCCAUGUAUCCUCCGGCCCAAUGCAAUCUACGAACUUUGAUGCUCGAUAUCGCGUCCGCUGCUGCCCACUCACCACGUACUGCUGAAGAGGAAAAUUGGAUGGUACAAUAUCUCCAUUCAUAUUUUGGUUGCCUGUCCCAAGCUGUGAGCUAUCUGCACAAGUCAACAGUACGCAUACGACACAAGGACAUCAAACCCGAGAACGUUGUCAUUGACGAUUUUGGCUUUCCUCUGCUCACCGACUUUGGGCUUUCCAAGCACUUUGAAACAGGCCAGCACUCUCAAGGACCUACCGCUAAGACGCUCAAGUAUGCCGACCCAGAAGCAAUGCAGGAGACGCAGCGCGAUGAGAGGUCUGAUGUCUUCUCACUUGGUUGUGUCUUCCUCGAGAUGGUGACCGUACUACUCGGGAAGCCUCCAUCGCAUGCCGAGGAGCAGCUUGAGCGCAUGGCAGGUAAUGCCGAUCAAGUUGGCGAGUUCAAGUACACCGAUGCGUUAGACAACUUACAAGAAUACAUCGAUCAUCUCGAACAGGUGGCAGAAGAUCAACUUGAUGCGCUUCCAUCUCCAUCGCCGGACAGGCCCACACUAUCAACGAACCUUCCGCCGUCCAUGCCAAAAUCACAAUCCUUCAAACAGAGGGAGAAAACUCGGCAAAUAGAGAGGGAAGCAUCCCUAAUCGGCGUCAUCAAGGUCCUCAGACCCAUCAGAAGAAUGAUGGAUCACGAUUACCACGUGCGCCCCUACGCCAGGGACCUUUACCCCUUGUUCCGCCACCUCUACGAUAUCUACGAAAGCCCCGGUCGCUGCGAAAACUGCGAGGAACAGAUGCUGACAGGCAGGUCGCGUCCGCCAACACGGGCGCCGACCAUAGUGGGGGUGGCCGCCAAUGGCAGACAGCUAUCGCUACAGCGGACGAGGUCGAACAGCCCGACUUUGGCCAAGAGUCCUACAGCUGGUUCGUUUACUAUUAGGAGAGUGAGGGCGAAUUCACUGUACAUGGUCAAGCAGCAGGCGUCGCAUUCGCCAACGGAGGCGGUGGGCAUAGCAUAUCCGCAUAAUGGGCAUAAGGUCUGAUCAUGAGCCAUGAGCUGGCGU